AUGACCACACCGGUGAAGAUGGAGGAGGAGCGGAGUCACAUGACUGAGAGGAUACUAAACCUCACCCUGGAGAUCAUCUACCUGCUGAGCGGAGAGAGUUUACAUCUCCUGAAGUCAGGGAAUCAUGUGACAAUCACAGUGCCUCCAUGUGACUCCAUAAAACCUGAGAGACCCAACAUGGAGAAGAUUCUAGAAGUCACCAAGAAGAUGAUGGAGCUGCUGACAGGAGAGGUGAGCGGUGCCGGGAAUUCUGUUUAUCAGUCUUGUUGGGAUGAAAAGUAA